CUCUUAUCAGCCGCCGCCGGCCGCUGAUUGCUGCGCUGUGCUGCCCGUGUGUGCCAACCAGAUGUUCCAGACACAAGUGGUUCCAAGCAGGCAAGCGGGUUAUUAAAUUCCUACAAUCGACCCGUUGUUCGUUCGACACAGUUCCAGUGGAUAGCGAAACGAGCCUUGGCAAUGCUAUAGUUUUAAAUUCGAGCCGCUAUCCAGUUUGUUGCUACUAUCAACCGACACAGAAUGGGAACCGAUACGGCGAUACCGAUCGAGUCGGGCAAACCGGUUCCAUCCGCCGCAACGACGCUAUCGUUCGAAGACAUUUCGUACCAAGUGCGUCCCAAGGAUGGCAGCACCAAGCACCUGCUAAAUGGGAUAUCGGGAACAUUCCGCUCCGGCCGGUUGGCGGGCAUUCUUGGACCUUCCGGUGCAGGAAAGUCUUCGCUGCUCAAUAUACUAAGUGGUUUCAAAACAAAUAAUGUCACCGGCAGCAUACUGAUCGACGGAAUGCCAAUCGAGCGCCGAAAGUACCGCCGGGAAGUUUCGUACACACCGCAGGAGGUUUCCCUUUUGGGCAACAUCACCGUGACGGAGAGUCUUGAGUUUGCUGCCGACCUGAAGCUACCUUCCGACGUGCUAAAGUCCCGGAAGCCCAUUUUGGUGGCGGAUGUGUUAAAGUUACUCGGUCUCUCGAAGUGUGCCCACAAUUCGGUGUCAACGAUAUCGGGGGGCGAAAAGAAGCGCCUCUCGAUAGGGCUCGAGUUGAUUUCAAACCCGCGGGUGAUGUUUUUUGAUGAACCCACCAGUGGGCUGGACAUUAUAGCCGCAAUGCAGGUUGUAGCGCACCUGAAGGAUCUCGCCACCAGUGGGCGGUGUGUGGUGUGCGUAAUUCAUCAGCCCAGUUCGAGCAUUUUGCAAAUGUUCGACGAUCUACUGGUGCUCUCUGAGGGUCACAGCAUCUACCAGGGGCCACUCGAUGGGCUGGUGGAUGGUUUUAAGGCUUGCGGGUUCGAGUGUCCCAACUACUACAAUCGUGCCGACUUUGCGCUGGAAAUAGCGAGCCUCAAACACGAAGGCAAUCUGCUGGAGCUGAGGGAACGGGCAAAAGGCCAUAUACAAUCAGCAGAACCGGUCGUUACGGCGGUCCCCAACGAUGCGUCCCAUUGUGACGAAAAGGAGUCAAUGUUAGUAGAAGUCGUGGAUCGACAUUCUAAGGAUGUUGGGGCACCGGAACCAGAAUCACCUCACAGUCGACAGUAUCAGACGUCUGAGUGGAAGCAGUUUGUAACGUUAACACGCCGAACGAUGCUGUGCACGUUGCGCGAUCUACAGCUCACCAGGAUGCGUUUGUUGGCGCACCUGUCGGUUGGUAUCCUGAUCGCAGUCGUGUUCUACGACGUAGGUAACGAUGGCUCAAAGGUAUUGAGUAACGCAUCGUGCCUGUUUUUCUUCCUCAUUUUCGUCUUCUUUGCCAACUCAAUGCCCCUCGUCAUGACAUUUCCACUAGAAACGGCUGUUUUCGUGCGCGAAAGAAUGAACAACUGGUACUCACUUAAGGCUUACUAUUUCUCCAAACUGGUGGCCGACUUUCCGUUCCUGAUGCUGGGCCCAUCGAUGUUCUUUGCCAGUGCAUACUACCUGACUGCUCAACCAUUGGAGAUGGAUCGCGUCCUGAUGCUGUGGAGCAUAUGCAUCUUCACCAGCUGGAUCGCCCAGCUGACCGGGCUGUUGGCUGGCAGUGCCCUGCCGCUGGAGCUGAGUGUUUUCUGUGUACCGUGCUCCGUCAUUCCGAUGCUCAUCUUUUGUGGGUUCUUCGUACGAUUCCGGGAGAUGUUUGGAUUCCUCAAACCGUUCACAUACGUCGCCUAUUUCCGAUACAGCUUCGAAGGUUCGAUGCAAGCGAUCUACGGGUUCGAUCGCGAAAAUCUGCCCUGCUCGGGAGAGUUUUGCUAUUUUAGCAAAGUAACCAAGUUCCUCGAGAGUUUCGACAUGCUGGAGAACACGUUCGUGAUGGAUGUUUGUGGGCUGCUCUGCUGGAUCUUGUUGCUACACGUGGCCCUUUAUGUGAGCCUGGCGUGGAGGCUGAAGCGAACGCGAUGACGGGCAGUCGGCAAUAUCAAGUGCAUCCAAGAGUUGCGUAUUAAUGAGUUGGCAUUUAACGAGCGCUUUUUUAGUGCCAACGCAGUUGUUUUAUACUUUGUGAAGAUUUU